AGGGCACGGAAUCCAAGUGAAGUAGAAGCCAUCUAGCCAGGUUUCACGAAGAUGUGCAGACGUGUUGGUUGGUUGUGAUCGUUGUUCUGGAGAAGUGCCCUGUGUGGUGAAGAAUUCGAAUAAACUGUGUUGCAAAACUGAAGAAUGAAAUUCGCGAUCGCGAGUAUAAUGGAUCUUGGUUGCGUGCGUGUGUUUGUGCGCGCAUAGAAGUGCGGCAGUGGCAGUGAACCUAGCAGAAGAACCUAGGUCCGAGGGCUGGUGAUCGGGACUUGAUCGCGUCUGAAAGUUCGGAACCUCUUAUGCGUUUCGCAGUGACAACUGAAAAGUACCGAUUGGUGGUUUAUUUGGGGGUUGUCGAAUCGACCGGCAAUUGAUUCACCUGGCAGUGACAUCGUGUGGGUGAUCGAGUGUUGUAGGUGCGCUGUGAAGGAAUGUGAAUCAUACGUCGGGGCCAGUCUGUGGAGAGGUGGACAAAUUUUGCAAUUCCAUCAUUUGGCCGGCACAGUUUAUUGUUGUUAAGGGGUUGUUUUUGUUCCACAUUCUGUUUUGCUAUAACAUAAAUACAAAACUAUACAUCGCAAGUGUCGAACACAGGUAUUUACGUACAUAUCGCUGGGGCGAAAGCCGGUGUAAAAAAAAGAAAAGAAAACAAAAUAAAGGAAACCCAUCGAACCAUCACCAAGAAUGUGCAGCAGGCAGCCAACCCAAGUUGUGACCAUAUGUGCACUGCAGUGAUUGCUUCGAAUUAGUCUCGAUCUAUUGGAAUAUUCAGCCGGGGUGUAAGGUGUUUUGUAAAUAUGCUUGCAUAUCGAUAAUUUGAGAGUGAACGUAGUGUGAACAGUGGCAGCAGCGAUCGUGCAUUUGAAGAGGUGUGAAGAUAUGCUCCAAACAGUUUGAUUGGAAGCUAUCCGGAUGGAUGAAUGUUUUCACUAAUUGGCUAAAUUGAGUGGCAAAGUGAAUGGUAUCGAUCGAGUGUGGCCAGCCGGAUUGUUUUGAAAACAUACAAACCAAGCGAGAAGAAUCCACAGUGGACUUACUCGUUGGAAGCGGAUUGGCGCCGUCAACCUUGCGGAACGAAAGUAUUGGUGUACAUUGUUGAACAAUCAACGCUUUUCGAAGAGCUUCGCGCGCUCGCGCAAUGAUGACUAAUACGGUGAGUGCGAUUACACCAAACGGCAUAGUCACCGUCUUCAUCGGAUCGUUUUAAUCAGCGCCACCACCAACAGCAGCAGCAGCACACAUCGAAACCGAUGUGACCAACGAAGAAAGCGCAACGCUUGCGUGUUUGUGGGGAAAAAUGCUCCCCUUUGUGCAAUCAACUCGAGAGUUCCCCCAGUGUGAAUAACGUGAUGCACUCAAAAAGAGUUUUUAAGGUUUUCUAAAAUCCCAAAGCAGCAAGAAACCGCGCUCGAAACCGAGGAAGCAUAAGUUCGCGAAUGUGUACAGUGUGUAAAGUGUUGGGGUGUUUAGGCAUUACUCGUUACGGGAAGAUAUCUCGGCAGAGCUUUAUACUAAACAAUGGAUCGGUUUAGUGUGAGCAACAACGGAUCGGGCAGUGCCGUUGCCGGUGGGACCCCCACUUCGGCCGCCCAACUCAACGUCAAUAGUGGUGCGAACAAUGCUACAAGCAUCGCCGCAUCGAGCAACAAUAACAGCAACAACAACAGUAACAACGCCAUCCCAACCGCAACAGUCGCCGUCGCCAAUAAUAGCCCCAUCAACAAUAACAGCAACAGCAAUAAUGGUGUGAAGCUGCGCCCUGAUCGCGGUAAUUCGUCCAUUGACUCGACGCUUUCAUCGGCAUCGGCGGCGGCGGCGGUCUCCGGAGUUGUUGCAUCCAGCUAUCGGAGAUCUUUUCACCACCGGCUAGGGCCGGGCAGUGCUAGUGCGACGUCCGAUUACAGCAUGUCCACGCUGGCCGAAUCGAUACAGGACGAACAGCAUCCGGGGUCGAACGGCAGCGGCAGCACCCAUGGCCCCUCGGGUCCCACGGCGAACCACAACACACCGGGACUGCCGGGGAUGCUGCCCAACAACAGCAACCUGACUCAAGCGGGCCUGGAGGAGUACAGCCGCUCGUACUACGAGCAAACCGUCCAGAUGUACCACCACCAGAAGCAGUCCUCCUAUGCCCAAUCCGAGGGCUACCACAGCUACGUGUCCAGUUCGGAUUCCAGCUCGACGCCGUUCCUCGAUCGAUUGCGUCAGGACAGCGAACUGCUCCUGUCGUCCCGGAACUGGUCCCAGCAGGACCUCCAGCAGCUGUCCUCGUCCAACAAUAGCAUCGCGGACAACAACAGCUCGGAGAGCACAUCCUCGACGGAGACGCUCAAGUGGUUGGGCUCGAUGAGCGACGUUUCGGAGGCGAGCCACGCCACCAGCAUGUCCGCCCUGUCCAGUGCCGGUUCCAGCUCGCAGCUGAUCGCGCACAGUUCACGCGUUCGGACACCCCAGCGUCACAAUUCGGAAAGCAUCCUGUUCAUGACCAGUGACGAACAACAACAACCGCAGCACCUGCUGCUGCAUCAGCAUCAGACCUUGCUCGGGGGCGGCAUCAAUAGUCAUCCGGUGUCGUCUUCGGUGUCGAUGGGAUCGCUGCUUCAGCACCAUCAUCAUCCUCACCACUUGAGCAACGGCAUUCAGCAGCAGCAGCAGCAACAAUCAAGUCCCACCAGUUCCAGCGCCGGAGGAUCUCCGGUGGGCGAAGAUCUCCGGUUUCAGCAUAGGACGGCGUCCAAUGCUUCGUUGGCCUCCUCGAAUGGGACGGGGAGUAGCGUCAGCAUUAGCAAUUCGGUCCGAUCUAGUCGUAGCAAUAAUCGGCUGUUUCCCAUCAGCACCUACACCGAGAUUCCUAGCAGCAACGGCGGCAGCGGCAACGCCCUCAAUAAUAGUAGUAUUAGCAAUAGUAAUAGCAGUAGUAGUAACAAUCAAACCAGUAGCCAGCCGGCUACUCCGAGUGGGAUGACGACUAGUCUGGCUGAUGGAUCCAAGCAACUCAGCCCGCACAAUUGGCAGUCGGUAGCCGAACGCAUCAAUGAGCUUGAAAAGCACCAACAGCAGAACCUGUCCAUGCUCAGCAACAGUGGAACCGGGAGCAGCAACAACGUCCACAUCAACCCUUCCAAAAAUCUAAGUCAACACCCGGCGGUGAGCGCUGCAUCAACAGCUGCUCAACCUAAACCGGUGCACCAAAAUCUCCCGAAGUAUACGUACUUUGAUCCGUCCAAAACGCACCGGGUUUCAAACCCAUCGCUAAAAGCGUUCCAGAAAAACGCUGUGAUAUCUUACUUCGAGCGACAGCAGGCCUACGCCCGCGAAAGCAACCACAACCUAUCCCGUCCGACGACGCUCAAUCUGAACCAACCGUCCGGAUCGCCACCCUCCCUGAAAUCGGCCUCGCAACGUUCCUCCAUAUCCAGUGCGUACUCAUCCUCUGGCAGUACCAUGGAUCUCACCCCGGCCUCGCAAUCCCCAAUCGUCGGAAACUAUCACCACCAUCCGAGUAUCGUCGUACAGCAGCAAUUGGACAAGAUCGCCGCCAAUAACCUCCGGAAUCAACUCGCCUCCGUCCAGACGAUGAAUCUCCUGAACAAAGUUCAGUCAUCAUCCCCUUCGCAGCCGUCUUCCGCCCAACUCAUUGAAUCACCUAUGAUCAGCAACGCCACGCUAAUUCUCGGCACCAACGGCGCCCCGAUCGAUCAGCAAACCCUGGACGAUCUUCAUCACUUGGAUGCUAAUGGAUCUCCGCCGCCCCCACCUCCGCGGUCGCGAUCGAUCGGAAUGCCCGGUCUCAACAGCAGUGCUGCCAUGUCAACGGCAGCAGCCACGCACGCAGCCCAUCUGGCCACGGUUCGAAGGACCUCCUCGGCAUCGGAGUACUCUUCCAUACGCGACAAAAUGGUGCAACAGCGGCAGCAAUUGUCCAAGGAUCUACUGGGACCGAUGAUUAUGGGACCGAUCAUCGCGCUUGACGACUGGGUCCCGGAACGACCUCCCAAAAACCCAAUGCUCCGAAUACCAAGCCCAGAGCUGCCACCACCUCCCCCAAUGAUGAGCCCAACCGAAGACGUUAUCCUACUAAACCAGGAUGAGCCCCUUCCGCCGCCUCCGCCGGAAAUUCUUCGUCACAUUCGUCAACUCAGUGACUCUGGAGAACCCAAAUCGCAAACUGCUAGCCGACGCAACAGUUUCGCUGGCCAAACCAACAAAAAGUCUCUCUACCGAGCUUCCACUGUCGAAAACCUAUCCCCGCCUCCUCCGGGAGCCCCUCCACCUCAAUCCCAAAUAACCCAAUUGAUCAUCCCACCCGCCGUUCCCAAAAAGCCCCAAUCCAUGGAACCGCAGGUCAUCUACCGAAGGCCCUCGUCCAGCAUGGCCAAAUCCCAACCACCUCCCCUAUCCAACACCCUACAUCAAGCGCACCGAGUCGUGCUGAACGGCAAACCGGAUCAGAGGCACUCGCUCCCGAUGCCACUCCAAUCAUCCCCGCAACUGCUCCAUCAACCCCAAUUCGUUCCCCGGCAGUCGGACUCGCGAGUUUCCAUGCGCAAGCGCUCGCACAAUUCCCAGCAAAUUCCGGUGGCGGAGUAUCUGCUAAAAGCGGCCGCUGCCGUGGCCGUGGCGCACCAUCAAAAUCAGAACAAUGGUGGCCCUAUGGUUCCUGGCUCGCCCGGUUCCGGUCCCACCGGCGGACUCGGUGGCAUCAACAAUCAUAAAGGUGCACUGGCAAUGACAACGCCGCCACCACCGCUGAAACCGCGGUUGUCGCUGCAGAUGCAGCCGCAACAGCAACCACAGCACCCAUUAUCGCCGCUCCAGGAUCUUCAGAAUGGACCGCUGUUCUCCAUGGGCAGUAAAAGUUGCACCGGACGAGAGCAGUACGACUAUCAGGUCACCGAUCAUAACAACAACAGAACGGCGAGAACUCCCUUCGCCAGCCGACGACAUGCUUACCCCUUGUACCACAGCGGCAGCAGCAACAGCACCACCAGCAGCAGCAGUAGCCGCCACCCCCAGGGUCUCGAGAUGGACGUCAGCGACGAUGACGAGAAUGGUGACUCGUUUCUUUUGGACUGCCGCCGUCGGCCCGUUGUGAUGGGCAGUUCUAGUUCCAUCUCAAAUUCCCCCUCGUCCAGUAGCGGCAGCAGUGGCGGAGGAAGCCGCAGCGGUUGGUUGGAGUACUUCAGCACCAGUAGGUGGCAUCUGCCGCCACCGGUCCGGAAGACGCUCUCGUUGAUGAGCAAUUCGAAGGCUUCGUAUCUACCGCGGCAGCCACGCGAUAAGCUGCACUCGGACCCCGACCAUGGUAGCUACAAACUGACGUUGACCUCCAACGAGGACAGUAUCAACCAUAACGACGUCUUCACGGAGGAUAUCAUAUCACCUUCGCCCAAGUGCAAUUUGCCGGACGUGUUGCCCCCCGGAGUCAAAUACUCGCUGUACUCGAACAAUAACAACAACACCAUCAACAGCAACAACAACAACAACAGCAGCAGCCCAACGGGAGCCAAUGGAAAGCAGUCGAUCGGUGUUGCUGGAGGAAAAUCACCGAAAUCGAUUUCCCACAGUGCGCCGAUAAUCUCGACCAAUAGUUUGAAAUCGAUGUUCAAUUUCACGCCCCAGCAGACGCAGCAAAAUCAGGUCACACCUCCAAGCGCUUCCUCGCCGGUGACUCCAUCGCCACCUCCGGCUUACACGCCAUCAGGGAGCCCCACCAAUCAAGCUAUCAGCCCCAAAUACACGUCCCAAUCGACUUUCGAUCUGAAAAAGACGCAAAUUCUCGACACCAAGUAUCUGAACCAGGCCCAGAUCGGGCUGCCUUCGCCAGCUACCGUGCCGUGCAAUGAAUCGGUCAAUAAUACCAAUUAUCUCAAUCAUCCGGCCGUCGGUGGCUGCGGCCAGCAAACUGUAAAUAAUUGUAUCGAAAAUUCAGAAAUAUCCGACUGCUUCGAAACGAGCAUCACGAGCACUGGUACGAUCACCGUUGCUGAGCCUGCGCCAGUGGAAGCGAACCAAAACGGAGGCACCAACACCACCACCAGCACCAAACUCGAUGCGUUUUCGGCCCCGGAGGCCGAAGAAGAUUCGUCGAUCAGCAGUAGCAACAACACCUCGAUCUGUGCGGAAGCAAACCAAUCCUCGGUAGUUGAUUCGAUCGCGGAAGAGCCAAUCCCCACCGUCGCGCUAGAACGUGUCACCAAGGAAAUCAACCUCGAUCCGGUCGUCGUCGUCGAAUCUCCCGUCCCGACCAAAGUCGUCCAACGGACGGAAAUUGUCCUUCGGGUGGGCGCCCCCACGUCGGAAGCAUCCUCGCAAACCGAUGACGAACCCACUGAAUCAUCGGUGGCAUUGAUCGUGCCACGAUCAUCCUCCACGACCUCUGCGCCUAGCAACGGUAGUAACUCAUCGAUCACACACGGUAUCGCCGAACUGGUGCUAGAUCAGCACGGCGGGGGCGGAAUAACGAGCAGCAGCACCAGCAAGCAUUCGGUGGGCACCUCGACGGGCCCUUCGCCACCCGGUACGCCGACCGCCGCCAAAGCUCCCGGGAGCUUCUUCAGCAAGGCGUGUACCGCAGCGCCUCGGAAGGUGCACCCGGAGGAAAUCGACUGUGAUAAGUUGUCGCACGAUCUGAUCAGUCAGCUGUCGCCCUCGGACAAGCUGCACACCAUACUGGCUCCCAAAACCUUCAAAUCGUCCUCCGAUUAUGUUUCUGACCUGUUCAACAUUCAAAUAGCGCCCCGACCGAUGAAGAAGGAUGCCUCGACGACGACGCCGGAAGUCAGUCCACAGAAAAGUCCACUGGAUAUUCUGACCACCAGUUCGACGUACUUCCAAGUGUCGGAGCCCAAGGCCAAGCUGAUGACGCGCUACAGCCGCGAGAUGACGCUAAUCAAUGGCGAUUGCUGUGAUCUGACCAAGAAGAAGGAGGAGCUCGUCCAACGUCUUGGCAAAAAGUUACUAGUCCUGUCGAAUGAGCAAACGAGUAUCGCCGAGGAGAGCAACGCCAACGAUCUGCUCGGCAACGAUGUCGCUCUCAAGGUGGCCCAAAAGGUGCGCCCCAGCGAUGCGUCCAAGUUCCGUUCCUACGUUGACGACGUCGGCUACAUCACCAUGCUGCUGUUGUCCCUAUCCGGACGGCUAGCUCGGACCGACAACGCCCUGCACUGCAUCGUCGAUGAGUCCCAUCCGGACAAGAAAAUCCUCGAAGCCAAACGGGAUCGGUUGCUGGAGCAGUUGGAUGAAGCCAAGCAGCUCAAGGACGACAUCGACCGGCGAGGGGCGAUCAUAUCCAAGAUCUUGGAAAAGGCGCUCACCAUCGAGGAGUACGCCGACUACGACUACUUCAUCAACAUGAAGGCCAAGCUGAUCGUGGACUCGCGGGAGAUUGCGGACAAGAUCAAGCUGGGCGAGGAGCAGUUGGCCGCCCUCAAGGACACCCUGGUGCAAAGCGAAUGUUGACCGUUCGGUUACGGCCCCGCAAUGUGUAAAUAUAAGCGUUGUUACUCUUAAAGUCGUUCGUUUCGCCAAGGCGCUCUGAUAGAUUUAGACCAGUGUAGAAUGUGAAAUUUGUAUUUUCUAAUAAUUAGGGAUAGCGAGUUGACUCUUUCGAGAGGUAAAACAUUAUUCGAUCGGCUGUUGAGUAGAGUUAGAAUUAAGACGAGGGUCGCUGCAGUUAGAGCGACUCUCCCAAAAGAAAACUGUAAAUUUUCUGUAAAUUAUGACAAUUUAUUUUAUUUUCUGUAUCUAUAGUUUAGAUCGUUUUUUGUUCGUUUAAAUAAGUGUCUUUCGUGAAUCGUUUGGAAACAAAAUCAAAGAACCCUAACCGAUCAAUUUUUAGGCCAAAAAGAAUCUAACAAGUGCGGAAUUAUACGUAGUUCGUAAUUUGCAGACCCAGACUGCUAUAAGAAAUGUUACAAAUUUGCAAUUACCCUUUCCUUAAUUUUAAUAACUGUUUCAAAGAACUAAUAAUAACUGUGUGAUAAGGCAGAAAGUUCUUGCAUUUCAAUGAAUGAUGUUGAAAUUCAAAGAGUUUUUUAGUGCACCUCAUUGAUUUUCUUGAUCAGCGUGAUUAAUUUCAAUUUUGCACCACUUUCCUGAAACAAUUCUCAGAUUUUCUUCUAUUUCAUUCUUUUAGUUUCGUUUUGUGUGCAGUGCCUUAUUACGUUCAAUCUCCAUUAAUCAUGUAUUUAAAACAUUUUUCACCUUAAACCAAAUGUUUAAAAUUUGGUUGACGGGUGUGUAGAAUAGUGUUUGUAAUUUUUCAAACUUAUAUAAUCAAUUUAUCUUUUCAAGCCCUCUGUCCCCAAAACUUAUAUUCAGAAUACAGAAUACUUUUUUGUUUAAAAUAGCAAUCAAAUCGUAAGUCAAUCCGUCGAUUAGUCCUAUUACAACAGAUAAUUGUUUAUAAAAAGCAAAACUAGGUGCUUAAAUGAUUUACUUAACAAAUAUCCAAUAUUAAAAAACUAACGAACUAAUCAUAUUUUACCCAAACUAGGCAAAGGUGGGAAACUUUUCGUUCCUCCUUCUCGCAUAGAAAGCCGACUAUUAUAUCCACAGCCCGACAACAAGUGUUUAUUGACUUUAGUUUCCUUGUCGUUUAGCGCUUAGACAUCUAUGUAUAGUUUUUUUUAUAAAGUAGGAAUUUUCUCAAAUGUUUGCAUUCACCUCGGCAGAGUUGAGGGAUAUAUUAAAAAAAACUAUUGUGAUUUUAUGGCGAAUUUUAUUACAGUGUAUCUCCUUAAAUUUAUCGCAUAAUAAGAACAGUGUAAUACCUUCUGUUUCCUUCUGUCCGGUCUAUUGUGUGCAAAUAAUCAAUUCACGAAGCAACUAGAUUCUUCCACGAUUAUAUCUAACAUAAGUUCACGACGUUCUCAGUGUCGAAGAAAUAAAAAUUCGCUUGAAAUUUAAAA